AUGGAUUCUUUACCACUGGAGUUACUUUCCAAUGUUGUCAACGACGUCGACCCUGAAAUUGUGGCGGAUCCUCUCCUGCUGGAGUCACUUUCCACCACUGUCAACGAUGACUCACCUGCUCAGUGCUAUCAUCUUAUCCCACUGGACAUGAAGGAACAAAUCCAUUAUAUGCAUGCCUAUGAGUGGCACUGGGGUAUGGCGAAGGAUACUCUCGAUCUAGAAGCACCAUCAAAUAUCAUAACCUUAUGCCCAGACAUGCAUGCCCACCUUCAAGCAAAGCGCUGGGCUCUGAUCCCGACACGCAGUGCCAUCGACUCCAUCAUCGACAUGUCCAAGCACAAUUAUUCCUGGCCUGAUUGGCAUGGCGAUGAUCAUCGUCGGAGCAGCUACCCAUUAAACGAAGAUAAAUUGUAUGAGUACGAGCUGGUUCCUACCAGACUCGAUGUCCCGCUGCACAGCCAGACACUCGGCUCUUCCCACCGCUACGAUGCCCCAUACGACCAACUUCCUCAUGUCCUCUCUCGUGUGCAUCCCUACUUUGUCAUUCUCCACUUCAAGAAAAUGGUUUCCGACUACACGUUUCCAUUGACACGGCUUUCUCCCCGAAUGACAAAUAAACUUACGAAUAGUUUGGUUGCCAUAGUCUCCAGAUGGCAGACUGGCAUUCCUGCGUCAUUCCUGGCUCCCCGCUCUUCACGGCGUUCCUGA